UACACAAUGCAUUCCAACUCACGAAUGUACAGUGAUUAUUGCAAAGGACAUAAUAAAUACAUCGGAUAGUUCCAUCGAUCAGAUACCCACCACACACACUGACUAUCAAUGUAGUACCAACACUCUUAUCCCUCUCCUUGAUAUCAUUAUUACCUAUAUUUUUACUUAUAUUUUUAUCCCGAUCCCUACGAUUAUUCUUAUCUACCUAUAUCCCUACUCCCUAUAUACACAACGAACACAAGAUGGCAGCAGCAGCCCUCCAAAGCUUUUACGAGCAAACCAAAACGCUCAUCCAACCCUCCCCCCUCACCCUCCACGACCUCUCCAAACCCGACAUAGUAUCCCUCGUCGCCCUCCUCCGCAACUGGCCCAUCGACCCCGGCAGCGCCAAACACUACUGGACCGACAUCCAGCGCCUAACCUCCAAACUCCCCUCGCACCUCCGCAACACCUCCCCCCUACACCUCAAACCGACUCAUUCCCUCAUCUGCGCCGGUCACGCCGGCCUCAACCCCUCACUCAUCAUCUCCAUAUGGAGCACCCUCCGCGGGGAGAUGGAAUCCUCAAUCGGCCCCUUCUUGUACCCGAUCAUCGUGGGCGCAGGACUCCCUGCACAUCAGGAAUAUCAAGCCCGCCAGCUCGAGCCGGUGCUCAGGAUGUGGCAGCCGGACUACGACCCCGCGGACCACGUUCCCGCCGGUCGAACCCCCUUACCCACGGGUAAGGAGGGCCUUUGGGCGUUCCAGUAUAACAAGUGUCCUGCGUGUAUGCUCGCGCGGCUCGGGUCCGAGAAAGACGAGCUGGCUGCGCUGCUUUCGGGGAUGGUGGGACGGUUGCGGUCGGGGGUUGUCGGGCGGAGGGACGACGUGAGGAGUCGGCGGGUGAGGUGGGUGCUCGCGGCGCUGAAGCUGUGUCGUGGGGGCGUGAAGGCGGCGGAUGAGGCGUGGGUGUUUGGACUUGAGUUGAAGAGGGUGAGGAGGGCGUGGAAGGAGCAUCGGAAGGGGGUUGCUGUGAAGGGUGGGUUUUAUGGGAAUCAGAAGGUUUGGACGGUGCCUAUUGCGUAUGCUGGGACGGAGGGUAGUGAGGGCCGGGAGACGCCGUCGGAUGUGAGUCGCUCGUUUCAUUCGGAGGCUUCGUAUGAUAUCGAGUUGAUCGAUUUUUGUCAGAAAUUCGUGCCGGAGAUUCAUACUAGAAGGGAAAGUGACAUCCCUUCGUUCACUGGUUUCACUAAGGAGGGCGUGCGGGAACUGCAUAGUCCAGAUGGCUCGUAUGCCUCUUCAGAGGAGGCUCGAGUCAACGACUAUGAAGAUGAAUUCGAGUGGGAAGUAGGAUCUCAUUCUUCGACCUUUUCGAAUACAUCACGGAACGCUGGUGCUAAUGGAGGCCAGCCAUCAAAUACUGCUUGUCGAUCGAUGUAUGGCGGAUACCCAGGGUAUAAUACUCGGAGAAGCUGAACAUCGAGAACAAUCGUACAUUCCUCAGCCUACUA